AUGGCCCCAGUUCCGAAGAAAGCUCUCAAGAUUAGUCGGGCGCUGCGCACGGCAGCUAGAUUCCCUGCGCGUGUUUCAGGCGGUCGGGGGAGUGGGCGGAAUCAUUUCUCUCCUUUGCAGGGCGAGCAGCCUGUCGUCUGUUUGCGUCUCCAGAUUAUUGGCUGCAAGGACUUGUUGCCAAAGAGCAAAAACAGCUCUUGCGAUCCUUUUGUUGUCGUAUCCCUCCUGAGCACCAGAUUUCAUACACCAGUGUCAAAGCGAAACACCAAUCCAGAGUAUGCUCCUAAGGAUGCUACAUUCGAUUUCCCAAUAUAUAUCUCCCUAGCUGACAGGCUGGGUACCAUUGAACUAGUUGCAUGGGACAAGGAUAUGCUAAAGAAAGAGUAUCUUGGUGAAGUCGCCUUGCCUCUGGAGGAUUGGUUCAGUAAUGAUAAUGCAUUCGGUUUUAAUGAUCCCCUCAACAAGUCUUCCUCCGCACGCCUCAUUUCUACCAGAGCUUCCACGCAUGGAUCUGGAAGUGUUCAGAUCAAGCUCGGCUUCGUCCCGGCUCCCAAUACGACCAACCUCAUGGAGUAUGACGAAGUCUUCGCAGAGCUUAUCAAGCGCUCACGUCCUAGUCUCGUAUCUGCGCCUCCGAAGUUCCGGAAAUCAUGGGGACCUAAGAAGACAGAUUACAAUUUCUCAGCUGGUAACGAUAUUGUUGGCAUCGUGAUGCUUGAGAUUCUGGGUGCUACUGAUUUGCCCCGACUUAAGAACAUGACACGUACGGGUUGGGAUAUGGAUCCAUUUGUCGUCAUUUCGUUUGGUAAGAAGGUUUUCCGUACACGAGUCAUACGCCAUUCUCUCAAUCCUGUGUGGGACGAGAAGAUGCUCUUCCACGUUCGUCGGUAUGAAACCACCUAUAAAGUCCAGCUCACGGUCCUCGAUUGGGAUAAGCUGUCGUCCAAUGAUUACGUAGGCGAUGCGAGUUUUGACGUGACUGAGCUGAUAAGGGAUGCUCCCCAACGAGACCCACAAACGGGUUUGUAUUCCGAAGAUGAAGAUGGGAGUCACCCAAUGAAGGAGUUUCAGCUGCCGUUGACGACAGCCAAAGAAAUGCCUUGGGAAGCCAAACAUAAUCCUGUUUUAGCUUUUAGGGCUAAAUUCCAGCCUUAUGAUGGCCUUCGUCAACGAUUCUGGCAGCAAUACUUGAAGCAAUACGAUGCAUGUGAUACGGGAACUCUGUCUCACCUCGAAUUGACGUCGAUGCUCGAUUCGCUGGGUUCCACUCUUUCCAGUCAGACCAUUGACUCGUUCUUCAUCCGACAUGGAAAGAUGCCCCAUGAAGACGAAAUUACCAUCGCAGAAGCCAUACAAUGCUUGGAGACGGAAUUGGGUCGACCAAAUAGCGAGAAGAAGCGUGUCAAUAUAGAGGACAAUCUCCCAGACAGCAGCGUUCCUGUCACUCCAUUUUCAUAUAGCUAUGGGACCAACGGGACCAAUUCACGACAACAGUCCUAUUCUUCCUCAGAUGUGGAAGAUUCUCCUGGGUCUUGGAACUCGGGGUCCAUGUCCCACUCCGACGACUCGUUCGAGCGAGUUAUCAAUGUCAAAAACUGCCCUCUCUGCCACCGCCCACGACUCAAUUCUAAAGCAGAAGUGGACAUCGUGACGCACCUGGCUGUUUGUGCGAGUCAGGAUUGGGCAAAGGUCGACCGUAUAGUGGUUGGAAACUUCGUCACUGCUAGUCAAGCACAGAGGAAAUGGUACACAAAGAUCAUCUCUAAGGUAUCCAGUGGAGAUUACAGGCUUGGAGCGAAUUCCGCCAAUAUCAUUGUCCAAAACCGUCUGACGGGUCAGUUAGAGGAAGAGAAGAUGCAAGUUUAUGUGCGUCUCGGAAUCAGACUACUGUAUAAGGGUGCUAGAAGUAGAAUGGAAGGUGCUAGAGCUCGACGUCUUUUGAAAUCCCUCUCCAUCAAACAAGGUAAUAAGUACGAUUCUCCUGAUUCAGCACGAGAUAUUUCUACUUUCAUCGAGUUCCACGGGCUGAAGGUGGAUGAGAUAUUAGAACCCAUAAGCUCAUUCAGUAAGUUCGUAUCUUCGCAUGUCUCGCCUGCUCCUGACGUGUUAUUUGAAGAAACUUUCAACGAAUUCUUCUACAGGAAACUCAAGCCUUCCGCUAGACCAACAGAAGACAUCGAUGAUCCUGGGCGAUUAGUAAGCGCAGCGGACUGUCGACUGAUGGUAUUCGAAACUGUUUCAGAGGCGACUCGUCUGUGGAUAAAAGGUCGGGAAUUCACGGUCGCGCGACUACUGGGUGAUCGGUAUCGUGACCAAGCAGAGCGGUACGCUGGUGGCGCCCUCGCCAUUUUCCGUCUGGCACCCCAAGAUUAUCAUCGUUUUCACUCACCUAUUGACGGCACGGUAGGACCAAUGACAUAUAUCUCUGGCGAAUACUACACUGUAAAUCCUCAGGCUAUCCGAAGCGCACUUGAUGUGUAUGGUGAAAACGCUCGUAAAAUCGUACCCAUUGACAGCCCCCAGUUUGGUCGUGUGAUGGCAGUUUGCAUCGGUGCUAUGAUGGUCGGCAGCAUCCAGACCACAGUUCAAGAAGGGGAUGAAGUGAAGAGGGGACAAGAGUUGGGCUACUUCGCUUUCGGGGGCUCGACGGUCGUUGUCCUAUUCGAGAAGGGGGCGGUUCAGUGGGACGAAGAUCUUCUCAUCAACGGUAGGGCCUCACUCGAGACGUUAGUCCGAGUUGGAAUGGGCAUCGGCCAUGCACGUCCCGCUCGAAGUAUGUCGAUGUCGAGCAAGGCCUCAAGGGCGAUGCCAGAAUGAAUUUUAAUCUCUUGACGGACCUUAUCAUUUCUUUUUCGACGAAAUAGCGUUCUGCCAAAUAUCUUUGCGAUCAUACCCUCGCAUAUCUUGCAAUAAUCUGGCAAUAUUGUAGAAUAAUCGGCAUGGAAGCACAACUAAUAUACUUGCAAUGUUAAAAUACAAAAAUCAUUCGUUUUCGUUUCCAAAAGAAUGGCAUUUGAUUUGAAGUUGACU